GCUAUACAAAAAUAAAUUUGUUGUUGUUGUUGUUGACUCCCGGAACUUCCGGGACAAGUGGGACGUCUGUAAAGUGAAACGUUUACUGGCAUCGGUGUACCGCCCACCCCAAAUCAUGCAGUAAGAUGUGAAAUGUGAAAAUUAAAGAAUUCUGACGUCCCUGUAUUUAUACUAAUAUAAAUGGAAAAAAAAAACAGUAAAAUUAAGAAAAAUAAAUAGUUGCAAGGGCAUAACUUUGAAUUCAACAUUGGGGGUUGGAGGUCCCUACCCAUUCAAAUAUGAUUAUAUGAUUAUUUAGGGGAGGUUGUAGUGGCCGGUUCUGAUUAUUGGGGGGUCACAAGCCCCCAUAAUUUACGCCUAUAACAUGUUAGUCUCAUGACAUUUCUGGCCAGACAUCAAUAGCAAUAAUAAAAGUCACAGGACAUCGAAAGUUCAAAUUCCUCUGUCUCAUUCCGUACUACUUCCUUCAGCGUCCCGUGAAGCCGUCGUCAGUCUGUCUCCGGGCGGGGCGGCGAUGUGCAGACAGAUAAUAAUGCAGAUAAGCCUGCCUGCGCGGCACGAUCGGCAGGUGCGUGUUUUACAGUAAGCUUUCAUUGGUGCAGUUCCUGCUCAUGACAUCCUUAUUUUUCGAAACUUUGAAAUUGCAGGCUUAGACACAUUAAGCGCUCUGUCAACCUUUAAAAUAUCCCUCUUUUUUUUGCUUUAUUCGUUGUCUCUCGAUAUUAUCAAAAACACGUAAAACAAACCACCACCGAGAAACGUGAUGACAUUUGAUUUCCGUAAUAUAAUAUAUCUUAUAUAGCGUACCACUUAAAACUCAGUUUUAAAAUUCUCAUCUGCCACAAGAGUAGUUGAGUAAACGGUAAAAGAACAAGAAAGUCUACAGAAGUUACCUAACACCAGCUCAGUGUUCUGUUUUACUUUCUAUUUAUCUAAAUAAUAGUAUGUUAAUUAUUUUUGUCAUACUGACAACAGAUCAAAUGUCCGCAUCAGUGCGGUAAAAGCUUUUUAAAAACUACAUAUCCCAUCAUUCAGUGGGAACGGCUUAUCCGAAGGAAAACGUAAAAGGGAAUAAUAAUUCACAUAAUUCCGAGUGUCAUCCGUAUUCCGAUAAAUUGCAUAUUGCAGUUAGGAAAGUACUUAUUAAGAUGUAGUAAUAUUUUAAAAAUACGAUGUUGUGGACGAAGGGGAUCUUAUAAGCGAAUCUCUGUAAAGAUUGUUACAAGCAGCAUUUCUAUCGAUCAUGCGCAGUGUUCGAUAUUUAUUUCGUGCAUGAUUUUAUGUAUUUGUUUUUGCCACGGUCACCGGCGGCGGCCACUGCACUGACAAGAGCACCGGGGCGGGCGAAGCGGAGCAGGAAAAGCCGACCGGAGUCGUCGGAAGCUGGUUGAGUCUGAUGCCGGGCAGAUCGGAGACGCAGCUUCCUGCGGAUUUACGCAGACACUCCGGUCUUAUCAUGUAGUGCCACCUCCGCACCCCCCAUUACUAUCAGCGUGCGCAGCCUUCAUCGCCAGCAAUGGUGGACAACCGCUACGCCACGGCCCUAGUGAUCGGCUCUGUCCUCAGCAUCCUGGCCACCGUGUAUCUGUCAGUGGCAGUAGGCACACAGCACUGGUACCAGUAUCGGAGUCCGCCAGCCAUGGGGGAGGCCAACGCUUCGGAGCUGCGGGCCAUGCAGGAAGAGUUUAUGAGCAGCGAUUUCGACGAGAAAACCUACAGCGACACGCUCUUCCGCCUCAACGGCACAAUGGGACUUUGGUGGCGUUGCGUGUUGGUGCCAACCCAUUCCCAUUGGUACAAGGAGCCCGAUCCAAAGAUGGUGACAGAGUGUGUAAGUUUCACACUGCCCCAACAGUUCAUGCCCAAGUACAGAGAACCAGGAAACCACAACAGCGGAGAGGACCUGGUCCGCACAUAUCUAUGGCGGUGUCAGUUUUUAUUGCCACUGGUGUCACUGGGCCUGGUGGUCCUAGGAGGCAUGAUCGGAAUUUGUGCCUGUCUGUGUCGGAGCCUAACGCCGCUCCUGGGCAUUGGAGUGCUCCACCUGCUGGCCGGUAAAAAGCAUUUGCACUCUGGCCACCGUGUGCUGCUACCUGGCGGGGAUGGAUCUCCUGCACCGGGUGUCAGUCCUGCCGGAUGGAGUCGAUGGGAAUCUGGGUUGGUCUCUGUACCUGGCGCUCAUCUCCUGCCCCCUGCACAUGAUGGCCGCUGCCUUGCUGGUGUGGGCGGCUCGUAGUCACGGACAGAGCUACUAUCGCAUGACCGCCUACAGAGUGGCAUAGCAGCAUGUGGUCGUAACCUCUACAAGAUGACCGCUUACAGGAUGGCAUGGUAAAACAUGGUCACGAUCAAUCAAACAUGACAACUCAUGUAGCUGUAUGGGGCUGUACACAUUUAUUUCCAUAUGGCUGGGAGUGUAAUGAGCCAUGAUAAGUUCCUAGAUCAUAAUGUCAUAAUACCACACGAUCACUGGUGAAAAGGCACAAAGCCACCAUCGUAACCCGUGGCACAACACAAUCACUGGUGAAAAGGCACAAAGCCACCAUCGUAACCCGUGUCACAAGACUGCAUUUCCAGGUAGAGUGAAAGCAUCUUAAACAGCCCCAACUACAUUAUUUUAGAGAGAGAUAAAUCUUCCUGCAACUGUAGCCAGAGACCGUUAAAAAUCUUCCUGAACGAACGACCAAAAUAUUUGCACUUGAAAAGCCCAUGUAGUGAUUUUCUCGCCAGACCUGUAGUUGCUCCAGUUAGUUAUUUGUCAUUAUGAAUUUGUUUAGUGUCUGAGCCUUUUGUGUGUUUCAGGUAGGCAGGUGCAAGCAAGUUUUAGCCAGGGGGUAGCUUAGGUAUGCUAAAAUCUAGCCCAACGAAACCUGCUUUUGUGUGCUUUUAAUUGCACCCAGCUAAUCCUUGUUGAAAUGUCCUUCUGUUUGUGGUAUGAUGAUUUGCUGUGUGGCUCGUUUUGCCGCUCUGAGUAACAUUGGCUUUAACUUGUUGUGGUAACUUAUUAGCUGUGGUUCACGGUUUUGCUUGUGCUUAUUUUAUGAAAAUAUAUUAUGGCUUCUGCUUCACAUUUUUUUUUCAUGUAUUUUCUUAGGUUAAAAGUUUUGACUUGAUCAAGCUUUUUUUUUUCUUCUCUGCAGCAUUAUUUUAUGAUUUAUGAAGUCGUCGCAGAACUGACCGGAAUGUAAUUAGCUUGAUGAGCCUGAUGUAACUGUAGCUUAACACACAGUACAACGUCUCCAGAAAUGCAAGUUGUUUUUGGAAGCUUAUUGUUACGGCGUAUUCAGAUGUGAUGCAGAAUGCUGAACAGAAGAUGAGAGCUUUAAAUAUAGUUUUUAAUUGAAUUUCAGAACAAUAGUAAUAUAAAAUAAAGCACAAAAAGAAAAGCAGAAUGUGACUUCACAGUUGUAUUAUGUGGAAGCACAGUAUUAAACAGAACUAUUUAUUAGUA